AUGGAAGAAUCCACAUAUCCAAGUCCCAUUCCGAAACGCUCCACCUUCCAAUUUCCCUGGUCAGCGGAACAGGCGAAUUCUCAAGUUCAACCAGUUGAGAAUAGCGAGAAUCAAGACUACCAGCCAGACCCGAUUGUCCCACCCGAGGACCAGUCCGGAGACGACAACGAAAACAGAGCAACGGCUUGGAAGUCAUUUUCGAAAGACGGAAAUGCAGGAAAUGUGACAAUGCGACUUCUUCGAGACAGCUGGAGUUUAUUCAAAGAUCUCCGCCUUGAGCAUUGGGUCGAGCAUGUGUUAGGAAUGCCCUCAGCUGCCAUAAGUCUUUUUGAAUCUUAUCACCACAGGCUUGGCUUUUCAUUGUUCUGCUUUCUGUGUCAAGCUCCAGAAGAACUGGAGAAGUACCACGGUGUGGCAAAGGUUUGUUACUCUGUUAAGAACCAUUUGUGGCUUCCGUUAAAACGUAUAUAUCAACAGAAAGUUCAACCUACCGAUCGUUUCUUAUAUGAUACAAUCACGCAUGCCGUCAAAUCAUUCGAGAAUAACCAAAUCUACAGCCCACUGAGUCUGGAUGCCUCCCUGAUUACUAGUCCCUUGAAAGCUAUCCUUUCUCAGCCGGAUAAAAAUAUACUCCGGCGACUGGUUGUCCUUGGAAAUCGGUACAAGCGUUAUCGAAGAUGUUCGGGUCUAGCGCAGGGCCGGGAGUUUCAGACAAAUACAGCAUUUCUCGAGAUACUAAGAGAGAAGGCUGUUCCAGGAAUCGCUUGGGAGAUUAGUAGGGAUACAUUCGAUGAUUUUCGCAAAAUCAGCCUACACAGUAUACGCGAUUAUGAUCUCCACAUCCGACGCUUGGCUUUGCGAUGGGACAACUUAUACUAUGAUGUGGAUGAUGUUGCAGCUACCGGAGAAUUCGAUGCGGGAAUGUCAGAAGCAGGGAUCGAGAUACACCCAGCCCUUGCUGAGUUUGUUGAUGCCACAGGAAACUAUCGUCGAUACAGGCUCAAAUUACACAUGGAGCCUUCUCUUCCAUUUUUAUACCCGUUUAUCAGAGAACUGAGGAGAGGGAACGAGAACGCUUUGAGAGGCAUCUUUAGUUUCAUUCACUAUGGCCAGCAUCUUCAACAUCUUGAAAAGAAGGGGUAA